AUGUCCGAGUCCCUACUACAUGCCUUCAAAGGUGCUGAUUUAUACUUUACUGAGUCAAAACGCAUCAGUAUUGAGGCUGCAGAAGAGGAUCAGACCGAGGAGGAGGAAUCUCUCCUCAACAGCUUUGAUGUUGAUGACUGUGAAGCUGCCGGCACCCUUCGGUUCAGUACUACAAACACUGCUGGUGGCGAGGACAAUGUGAAAAAGAAGAAGCCUAAACACAGCAACAACCAGUUAGCAUCUAGUUUGCAGGCAGCAUCAGAGGGAGUGGUUAUUGGUACAACACUCUCCGACUACCAGAGAUACUGGAAUCAGUUUAAAGAAUUUUGUGUCACCAUUGACAAAGCACAAGUUGCGAGCGAGAUUGACAAUCUUUUUCCGAACCUUCCAGCUGAAUUUCCAACGUGGAUCGCACUAUGGAUCAUGGAUAAGUGA